AUGGCCUCGGCAGAGGCGCAGAGUGCGGCGGGCUCAUGGCAAGAGCAGGGGGAUGAGGACGACGAGGAGGAGAUCACGGCCGCCAAGCUGCGGGGUCAGCAGCGGCCAUCGCCCAUAACGGCGCUGUCUGCCUUCAGCUACAUCCCUCCGCGCCGCCUGGACCCCAAGGAACACAGCUACUACUACCGCCAGAGCAAGACGGGCAUCGUCUCCCUCUAUGACUGUGUGUUCAAAAGGAGCCUUGACUACAAUCAGAUCUCGCACAGAGAUGACCGGGAGCAUGCCAGGAGCCUGGGCCUGCAUGUGAACGACGAGGAGCGGGAGCGGCCGGUCGGGGUGCUGACCUCCUCCAUUUAUGGGAAACGUAUCCACCUGCCAGUGGAGCCGCUAAACCGGGACCAUGGGCGUGCCAACCUCGUGAAGGCUGACUUCUACCGCAAGAACGACAUCAGUAGCCUCAAGGCUCCUGGCUUUGGGCACAUCUCUCCAGCCUGA